AUGCCGACCAUCCUCCAUUCACUCGCAGUAUGCACAAUUAUCUCGCUGUGCACGGCGCUGGCGUCUCUUGCGCGCCACAGGAAUCGAGCCAAUGUCGUCCAUGGCUCUCUUGCGGGGAUCCGGGCUGUCCUUGAUCCCCCCGGCGUGUCGAAACAGGACAUUCUCCGCGCUCGAGCCAUCGCCAACGAGCGCUUGGUGCACGCCUUCAGGCUGACGAAUGCGUUUGUCAGCGAAGAUCUCUCGACGUACUCUGAAUUCGUCCGCCGAACGGGGGGUCUCUUGCGGGAUUUCGAUUGGAACAAGUUCGCAGAGAUCUCGCUCGAUGCCGUACGCCUAGGGCUGUCUGAUUUUCGGAUUGGUGAUGAGGCUGUUGCAUUCGACCGCUUCGUGCGUGUCGUCACACUCCGCGCCGUCAUCGCUGGGCUGCUCGCGCCAGACACAGACGUCGACGCUCUGGACUGCACUGAUCUCGAUACCACGGCAGCGCUGAUCAACGAUCUCUGGGUUCUUUCCAAAGAUGAGCGCAAGAUCCCGCCCGCCCUGCUGCAUACGCUACAGUGCAGUGUGCGGCGCCUGCUCCCCGAUUCGGCGGCAUUCCCGAACCCUCUGGAUCUGGUGAUUCCGACCUGGGAGACUCUGGGGCGUCUGGUCGCAGUGACGCUCGCGCUGGUCCAUUCGGACGACGCCGCCCGCAAGGCGUUCGCGGAUCUGCUCGAGCACCCGACUCGCGCGCAGUUCUGCGCGCCGUGGUGCGGAGGGAUGGCUCCCAGCGUGGAGAGCUACUCCACCGAGGUGCUCAGGCUGUACCCCCCGGUGCGGCGCAUCACGCGCGUCGUGCCAUGCCCCUCGUCUUGGGGCCUCUUUCUCCCUGCGCGCUUGAAGUGUCUUCUUGCAUCCUCCGCGCGGGCGGUCGCCGAUAUCGAACGCGCCCAUCGUUCGGCGGAAUUGUUUCCGGAUAACCCUGAUUCCUUCGACCCCUCGCGUUUCUUGCAUCAUCCAGAACGGGCCCAAGAGCUUUUGUCAUUUGGUUGCAGGCCAAUGAAAUGUGUCGGGGCGAAAUGGGCGCCUAUGGCUUCUGCAAUCUUGACUGCUGCUAUUCUUAGCGAGAUCGAUGGGGCUACAUUCCGCGUUGUUGAGGGACCGAAGAUCGGAGGCCGAACAGGAUGGGACAGGUGGAUGAUUCAAGCAGCACACAUGGGUACAGCGAAAUGA